AUGGUUUUAAUUUGGCAGGAGCAACCAGCGAGAAGAAGGCCACGACAAAGGCCUCUUGAGACCUGUGGUGCUACAAUACUCGCCAUAGCUCGCAUUGUUUACACAAGAAACCGGACUCAGAAGAAUCAUCCAGCAGCUUCUUGGCUCGUGCAGAAAAUCUUCGACUCUGUUUUCUUCUUCGCUUCGAUGACGAUUCCUUUCCAUCGCCACUUGCUCGCGAUUCUCUCCCUAGCCGACGACCACAUCCUCGCGUCGCGAGACGCGAUCGAGACUUACUUCCCUUCCACGACCGUCCCUUUCCUCAAGAUCUUCGAUUUGCUGGUCGUAGCAGAGUCUCUUCCCGAGAAACUUGACCGGUUUCUUGAGAGACUUCCCAAGUUGAUGAACAGAGCCGCGUGGCUUGACUGGUUGCUGAUUCACGCCAUUCAUUGGCUUGACUCUCUUGUGAACGUGUUGGGUCGUUGGAGAGACAAGAACAAGGGGACCAAGGAGAAGGAGAUCACUGUUGAUAGAAGCUUUAGCAGAUCAGGAUCAAUCUCAGAAGAAGAUGAAGAGAAGGAGAAGUUGGAGACUGAUCAGGGGAAAAAAGCGACGUAUAAGGAGGCGUUACAGAGAGGAAGCAGCGGUGAAGACGGCGGAGGAAGCACCGGCCGGAGCAGCAGCAGCCGCGGUGAUCCGAUAUUGGAACUGUUUGAGUCCGGUUGGAUCCAGAAUCCAAUCAAAAGAAGUAGCAGAAGCGCCGAUUCUCUCACCUUCUCUCGUUCUGAUUCCUACUCGACCUGA